AUGGACCUCUGGUGUUGGGAGUUCAAAUCCUACCGUGGAGCCUGCAUGUUCUCCCUGUGCUUCUGGGGCCUCGGGAGUUUCUUCCGGGAACGUCCACCUGGAGGGAAAACACGGUUUUCUUACGCUGCCUGCCAGUUAUUUUGUUUAUCCAAAGUGCCGGAUAGUUGUUGUUCAAUCAGAUGCAGUAACCAACGAGGAGACAAGCCUGAGUUGUGCUUUUACAGAAUCCCUUCUGAGAAAGAAAACCCAGAGAGGAGGAGGUUGUGGAUUUGUGUUAUUAGACAUGCCUCCUUCCCUGGGGAGGGCCAAGAAUGGCAACCAUCAAAGUACACACGUGUUUGCAGUGAACAUUUCAUCAAAGGUGCCAAAUCUGAUGACCCAUUGUCCCCUGACUGGGUUCCAUCUGUCUUCUUGCACACAAAAGCCACCAAGAGGAGAAAAAGGGAGAAAGACAUGGAAAGGUAUGAGCAGCACAGCAGAAUACAGAACAAGAGCAUGGACCAGAGAAAGCAGCAAGAUGCAGUGGAUGUCCUCUUAAAAUUGUCAUCAGUGCCAGUUGCUGAGGAUGAGCAACAGUGUGACAACAAACCAUGCAAGGAAAAUAGUGCAAGAUUAGCAAAAGAAUUUAAUGACCUCCAAGAGGAAAAUCAUAGGUUGAGGGACAUUAUUAAAUCAGGAACAUUUGAUGAACUAUUUUUUGAAAAAGAUGAUGAAACGGUGAAGGCAGUGACUGGAAUCCCCACAUAUUCCAAGUUUUAA